AUGGACUCAGAGACAUCCAUGGAUUCAGAUACCACUAUGGAUUCGGAAGAUGCCGCACCAUUAAAAGGUAGCAUGGGCCGCCUUGCCAAAGAGAUUACCACUCAGGUGAAAACAUGGGAACAAUAUCAGAUCGAACACGGAAUGCUACUUACGACCUCCGGUUUCGAUAGAUAUCUUCAUGGAGACCGUUCAAAGCUGUUACCUCAAAUGCCAUGUCAUGUCGUUGAUGCUAGAGAGACGAUAAUCGAUUCUGCACUCAAGCUACUUGACCAAGUAGCAGGACCGUCCAAGAUGAUAUCACUCGCAUUAUCUCAGGUCCAGUUUGUAUCGGCUCUCAAAUGGCUCCUUCAUUUCAAAAUAUUUGAUCUCGUUCCGAAAGACAAGGCCGUAACAUACAAAUCUCUGGCAGAAAAAGCCAAUGUCCCUGCUUCUGAGCUUAUGCGAAUGUUACGAAUGGCCAUGGCGUAUAAAGUUUUCUUGGAAUGCGGAGGAGGAAUAGGAAGCAGAAGAGGAGCAGGAGCAGGAGAUGCGGUUCGCCACAACCGUUUCUCGUCAAUACUGGCCAGAGAUGAAAAUUUCCUUCACGGCCUCCCCUUUUUCUGUGACACAGUCAUGCCAGCUUCAGCGAAAAUAGUGGACACAACAAUGAGAUGGAAAGGCUCACAGGAGAAAAAUGAGGCAGCUUGGAAUCUUGCUUCUGGUCAUGAGAUAUCUUUUGAUCAACACCUCAGCCAGCAUGACCAGACCAGCGGAUACGACUGCUUAAUGAAUGUAUUUGACAAUGGCCGCAGCCACAGCCUUUUAGCAGCCCAUUGGGCCGAAGUGGUUCACGGUACCAUUAACUGGUCUUCCCUGGGAAAAGGAGCGCCUCAUGCAGCCCGUGGUGUCGGGAGUUGA